CAUCGCUGACAGUCCCCAUCGCUGUCACCCAUUGCUAAUUUUUCCGCUUUGUCUUGAUUGCAAUUUGGUGUCUUUGGUGGGAGUGUAUUUGCGGAAUAAUCGUCCACGACAGUUCUCCUCGGUACACAUUUUUAUUGAAAGAAAACAAGAACCACUGUACAAAGCAAUUUACGCCAAUCGUCGUCCACAGAGGAAAGUCAUUUUGAUUUCAGUCACGUAGAAGACUUGAACUCAAGACAGCUGGAAAGGUGAAGGUCUUUCAUUUUACAAAACCCGAUACGACGCGUUCCGUGCAGCUUAAAGCGCUUGCAAAUGGCCUGCGCUUAAUUCUACGCGGACAGACGAGCAAUUUUACAGAAGCAAGAGUUUAAGAGCUGAAUGAAAACUAUAUUAAUGUGUCGAUCGCUUCAGCUUUGCAGCCAAUGUAUUAUUGCAACCUGCUUUUAUAAAAGUGUGGUCGCUGGUUUACGUAGUUCAACUUGAUAACUUUGAUUGGUAAUUCAAAUCUUUCAUCGAGGGAUCCUAGGUCACUGACAAAAAUCAACUUUCUUCUUUCCAUCUUUUACUUAAGACUUAAUUUCAUCUCAUGUUAAUAUAUUGCAUUUUUGGCUUUUAUAGAGCUGGAAGGUUUGGAAAAUAAAACAAUGUUUAAAUGAUAGGUUUCAAUAAGCUCAUAGUGAUCCCGAACAAUAAAAGCUAGGGGUAGCAUGAGAUGUAAUUUGCUGAUUUUGGUAACACUUAGAAUGCUCAGGAUGGAACACCAACGUUUUAUUUUGAUGGACAAGUAAUGGCCAAGUUCAUGACACACUUUUCGAUUAAAGGCAUCUCCCAUAAUGGGUACGAAAUAUCUAUUCACCAUUUUUGCAUAUCAGUUUUCUACCCUUUGGGGUGGGGAAGGGGGUGUAUGUGCCACUCAACAGGGUACAGUUUUCACUUUUUGACUCUGGAAAAGGGUGUGAAAAUCACCCUUCAUCUCUGGAAGAGGGGAAAAUGUUACUUCAGCAUGACUCCAGAACAAAAAUUAUUCAAUUUUUUUUGCAUAAUGUUAUCCCUGACUAUUCUGAUUAAGCUUUGAUGCAAAACUAUGCUGCCUUCAUCACCCAAGUAAGUUCUUCUUGCAUAAGCUAUAAUAUGUACCUUUUUUUCCCGUAUUGCCUGAAGAAGGAUUUCUAUUAUCUCAAGCAGGGGCACAACUUCAGAUCUCUCUUUGUCUGGAAAAGGUCUAGAGGCUUUAAGUCUCAGCAUCUGCCCCCCAACACCCCCACUCCGUAGUAAAUUUCAGAGAAUACCCCUAUGGGACAUUACAGUCUUCCCACAAGAACUUGAAAACAGUGCUUAUGCAAUAAUUAAUUUGGUGGACAAGCGUCACUGGUCUGUUAUGGGCAAUGUGAAAGUAAUGAAUCAUUAUUCCAAGCUGUUCCUCUAUGAUAGCUAUAAUAAUUCCAUUUCCCAGUGUGUCUUAAAAUGUGUGUCUUAUAUGUCUUAAAACGUAUGGGUACAUGUAUGUAGCAUCGUCACAAUGCCUGUCUCCAAUAGAUUUUGUUUAAUAUAGGUAGUGUGUACGUAUUAUGCAUUUCUUUGCUGUAAAAAAAUAUGCUGUUGCUGAUGCUGUCUUCCUUUAGUGUUCAAUCCCCUGGAGGCAUUUUUUCUUUUUCUUUUCUUUUUUUUUUUUUUACAAAAGUCCACUUGUUUUACAGAUAUUUAAGGGUAGUUGUCUACGAUGAAAAAAUAUAUAGCAACGCUUCACCUCCCAGCCUGAGAAAACAGCCAUUAUUUUGUGAUGCUACCAUUGGUUUCCCCUGGAAAUGUCAAACAAGUGGUGGCGUUGCAAAAUACCGGCAGAUUUCUCAGGCUACCAAUCCCAGUCCCUCCCAUAGUAUAUGUUAUUAUCAUGGCUGAAGAUAUAUUUCUUUCUCAGUUUUUUUUAAACAGAUCCAUUGUACAAUCCAUUGAGUUUGAAUUGGUAGGAUCCUAGCAACAUAGUCACUGUAGUGAUAAAUGCCAAGAUGUCAGAAAUUGUGGAGUGUAUAUCCUGGAUUGUUUCAAAGACCUGUUGGAGUUUGGGAGUAUUUGCACUUUUUGUCGCUAAACGGAUGGCUGACUUGUUUGGAUUAAUGUUUAACAUCCUUGCAUGUCUGACCAUUGUGCGGCUGCCAUGCAUGUGCAUGCAAUUCAGCAACAUGGACUCGUGGUGGGACUGGAGGGUAAAGGGCUUUGUUCAUUUUGCAUUUUUCCUAAUUGACAUCCCAUUUAUUCUGAUGGGUUUGUUUAUGAUUUUCAUAACCUGCGGGCUUAUUCUUAUUCCAUUCUUCAAUGACAUGAAACAGGAAAAUAUUUCAUUUAGUACACUUAAAGGACCAGACCAUGGAAUAUAUUGUUUGAAUGCAUUUCAGCUUCAUUUAUUAGUUGGCUUAUAUUUUUUCCGCUUUAUCUGUGAUGUCCUCUGCAUACCAUUGGCAGUCAUUUGUGUGCUCUCUUGGAGAAGCUGCAUUUUUAUUAACAAACUUGGAAAGAAGAACUAUUCCUGGAGUGACUGGGGAUGGAGAAAGCUCUGUGUUGUGCAAUGUCUGCAACUUCUGCUUGACAUUCCUUGCAUUUUUAUUGGCUUCAUGGUCAUGAUCACUUGGCGUGCCCCAUUUCUGAUCAAAAGAGUCAAAGAACGAAGAGAUGAAGAUGAUGAAAAGUGGAACCACUGGAGGUUUGAAGUUUUUCCAGAAUUCUUUUACAUUUUUGUUGACUUAGUUUGCAUAAUCUGCCUGCUUUUCACUAUGUUAACUUGGAGAGCACCUCUGCUGAUAAACAAACUACGCCAUGCCCCAAAAAAGCAAUGGAAGAUACGAGAAAUCAUGGUCACCCAACUGUUGUUGGUAUUCGUCGACCUGCCAUGUAUUUUUUGUGCCUUGAUUGUGUUUAUUACUGUAUGGAGAAUUCCAAACUUUAUCAGAAACUGGGAACAAGAUGAAUGGAAAAUUCGAGCCAAUUGUAUUUGUCAAGUGGGAAUGCUCUUCAUUGACUUUGGCUGUUUAUUACUCAGUUUUAUUGUCAUUUUAACCCUUUGGAGACUCUAUCCAUUAAUUUGUGACAUAAGAAAAUACUGGUCAAGACCAAAACAAGAAAGGUCGUGGAAAAUACGAAAAUCUAUAUGCAAGAAUGUCGCAUUCCUAUUUGUUGACAUACCAGCCAUUUUUCUUUGCUUCAUCAUUUUAGUAACAGUUUUUCGCUUCCCAAAGCUGCUGUCCAAACUUUUUCAAGCUGGUAAUUUCUUCAUGGAGUUUGCUAUUACAGUAUUCUUUGAAUUUGCCAUGUUGGUUGUGGAUAUCUUCUUCGUGUUUUUGUUUUUGGUGUUAAUGUGCCUCAGGCCAAUCGAGAGCUGGGUUCAUCUUCUUGAAGAUGAGGAGCAUAGAAAGAACCGUCUUCUGAAACAUUACAUCCAGUGGGUCCCUGAUAUCAUUGACAAGCGCUUCAAGGUGCGAAGAGAAAUGGAAGGAAUUUUCUCAACGUGCUUGAAAAAUAACUUGGGAGAACGUAAGCUUCGAGAACACCUGAUCGAAAUCAGUGACGACUACUUGGAUGAACUGGAAUGGAUUCGGCAGAAAAUUAAGAAAUAUGAGCUUGAUGAAGGAUUCAGUCACUUGAUUAAUAUGGCAAAGUGGUGGGAGAAAAAGCGUAUCAAUAAACUAGUGCGACUGUAUAGAUGUGAGAUGAAUUUUUUGGCCCGCCCCAACAUUUCCAUCCACAAUUCCAACCUCUCCAAAUACAGAAACGAGAUGAUCCUGUUUGAGAGUCACGUGACUAUGCAGUAUCGCGAAAUUGAAAAAUACGCCAUUCCAAAAGUACCGCUGUGGAGUGAGGAAUGCGGGCUCAAGACGCGAACGCGCAAAGAAACUCAGCAAGUUUUGGUCAAGUGUCUUCCCAGCGGACGGUUCGUGAUUUCAGUGCUGAUACUGCUGAACCUGAUUUUGAUUUACCGCGGUCCCAGCUUAUUGAAGAACCUCUGUCGCCGGUGGUACGAUCGCAAAAAAAUAGUCUAUGAUUCCUGCAAAGAAUACCUUUAUGAUUUCAUCACCGUUUGCAGAAUCUUACUGGUAAUCGUCUUUCUGUACCGUGCGCCUUUCUUAAUCACCGACAUCACCAGGGACAUAUUUUUUAAACAGAGCUGGCGAGCUGUGCGGGAAACAGUGAAGAAGUACCCCGCCUUAAUUUUAGAAGACAUCGUUGACCUCAUAAGCUGUAUUUUCAGCUGGGAAAGCGUUCGUUUUCUGUUUACGGCGCUUCUGUUUGGUCUUCUAAUGCCCGCGGAUCUGUUCUUAACGAUCAUGAAAUUUAUAUUUUCCAAGAAUUGCGCAUAUUUCCUCACAGCCGUCUUGUACAUCAUCUUCUUGGCGUUUCCCUUUCUUCUUCCAUUUUAUAUCAGUGGGAAACUUGAUCCAAACCUUGUCACUAUUGUCAUCGGCGUAUUUGCGUUCUUCCUCCUGUUGGCUUUGAUCGGCAUGGUGGUUGUUUUACUCAAGAAAGAGGCUUUGCUCAACAGAAGGGAUGAUGCCCCUAUCAGAAGGGAUGAUGCCUCUAUCAGAAGGGAUGGUGCGCGUAACAGAAGAGAUGAACCGGGACUGUUAAUCAAGCCUACCCCUUAUGAUUACAUCCGCUUUAACUGGACAAACAUUCACGUGAUCGCAAUGGAAGUCGUUGAAUUUUUGCAGUUGCUGGCGCUGGUAUUUGCUGUAAGUGACAUUCCCAUGUUGGGUGCCAAGACCUUAAACACUGCGUCCCAGUACUUGUUACUUAAUUUUGCCUCGUUCGAUGUGAAGCUUUGGCUUUCGUUCAUUAUAUUCGUUAUCUGGUUCUUCUGUUGUGGUGCGCCCGUGAUUCUUGAGAACGUUUUGGAGUAUCUACCCAAGGGAUCAUGCGCAAAGCAUGUUGGAUGGACUCUAUUUCUGUCCUUAUUCGCCAACACCUUAUUUGUGACAAUUGUGGAGAGUUUUUUGGCAUUUGUUGCAUGCAAGACACAAGACUGUCCCACAAUCAACGUCACGGUGACUACCAAUGCAAGUCAAAAUAGCUGCUUUCCCGCCGUCCUCUACGAGGACGAGACUAUAGAAUGCUGGGAAGGAAAUCACAGAGCAAUCGCCUUUCUUGGCCUGCUGGGAUUGGUUUGGUACUCCACUACAGCCAUCAUAUUCGGAACCAAAUACGGUGAUGUGACUCAUCCGAGUCAGGAUCUUGAAUUUUCCCCUGUCUACAACAUCUUUUUGAAUUUUGCCAAAGCAGUGAUGGUAGGAGUAGUUGUUUUGGCCAUGGCUAAGCCCUAUGUUGUGUUGUCUUUCCUAGUCUUGGCUAACCUGGCUGCAAUAAUUUUUACCCUGGCUUUCAGAAAAAUAUUUCAUUUUGAUCUUUCUAAUUCCUUUGUUUUGAUUAUUUGGCGUACUGUAACCUUUAUCUGUGCUUGCGUCGCUGCGGUUUCUGCCGUUGUGGCCAAACAAAGGAAUGAUCCCGACUCUUUUGUUCCUCUUGGGAUUUUUCUCGGCGGGUGUGGCGUGGUUAUUAUUAUCGCUCUGAUUGUGUCAAUUGUCUUGAGAAAGCCAAGAACUCCUGUGGAAAAUCAAAGACGGAUGUUUCGUCAAGACUUGCUGGCGCUUGAAGCCAAACUUGUGAAAGAAAAUUUCAUGAUCAAUUCUUGGACAAAAAGCCGCGCGCAGUGGAAAAGACUGGUCAAAAAUGUCUACGAAGCACAAAAGAAUGACCGUGGGAUAUCCCCUUCGGUCUGGUCACACCUUGAAAUUUCACCUCCACCACCACCCCAAGAGGAAAGACGCAUACCAGACGCAGAGCCGAGUACAUCAGCUCCUCUUCCCCCUCCACCGGCGUAUGAUGAUUUGUUUCCUAACAUCAUGGGACCCUAUGGUAUUCCACCUCCACCCUAUACCACAGAGAGCGAUGACGUUUCGAUAGGAAUAGCUGAAACUGAGCAAGCGCCCGCACCUCCUCUCCCUCAGGCCACAGGAAAACAGCCUAAAGAACAACCGGCUAUUUCUGAUGGCAACUCGACGAAGAUAUCAUUCACAAAUGACACGAGUAGCCUGGACUCUAUGGAACAAGUGCCUGAAGUUUCGUUGCCUUUCCCGCCAUACCCAUUGGAAUAUCGGGUGAGAAUAAGAUGUACCUUACGUAGCUUACAUAGCGUAUGAGAUAUAGGUUAAACAUAAAAUAUGCGACCUGAGACAAGAGCGAGGAAAAAAGUGAAUAAUAUACUUUGAUGAAAGCACAGGUAAUCCAAGCUCUAUGAGUCUGUUGACCUUUGUAACGUAAUCUCUGAGCACCGUGAUGACAUUUCACAAUAACGAAAAUGUAAGGAUUUGCAUGGGGAAAUGAUAUGGGAUUCUCCUGGUAAAAUUAAGGUUAACUUUACCAUCAUUAUUUUUCAAUAAAUAUCGCUUACCUUGAGUCCUUUCUUUGUCUUUUUGUGUUUUCUAUCGGUGUAACAGCGGUUGGAACUGAAUCCUUGUGAAAUGGCCCCAGAUCGACCCGAAAUCAGCCGGAAUGUCAUCUCGGCGCUAAGAGAUUACGGAUACUCGUAGAGCUUGGGCUACCUGUGCUGAAAGAAGUGAUAAAUCAGGUUGCAGCAAAUUGUCUGAAUUACUGACUUCUGAUUGGACACAAUUACGCGGGAGUCACGCCAUACAUGGGCGUUACUUCACGUGCUGCAAAACUAGCUAGUUUGCGCUGGUCCGGUAAAACUCCCAACAUGUACAGAUUUUGUUGCAAUAAGUAGAACUAUUCUCUACAUUCUGCAACAACUUUUCGCAAACUGCAACAACCUGAUUUGUUGCAAGACAUGUAAUGCUGAGGUCAAACGCAAGAGUUGAAAUUCAGUAGUGUAGGCCCGGAUAAUUAAAUGUCCAACAAAGCCAAAAAACUGGGUUUUUCCUACCUUUUUUAGCAUCACUCUAGACUACUAAAUUUCAAUACAAAGGCGAAGUUUUGUGGAAGGUAAGGCGGAGGACGAACGAUAGGUUCGCAGCUACAGGAAGCACACACUGAAUGGCAGGCCACAUAUCUACAUCUACAUCUACAACUUUAAUCUUUUACGGUUUCCCAUUACUAGGUAUUGUCUGCUAUAGCUCACAGCAUUGACAUAGUAAGUAACAAAGUCAAAAUGGAUCAGUAUUGAACAAUACCUUGUGUUCCUUGUCAAAUUAGAGUCACGAGAAACUAAGAAAGUUUUCCAAUCUUCCGUUUUCUUGAAUUAAAGCAGAACUUGCUCUCAUCGUUUUAGGCUUGUGUUUUAUUAUCAUUAUUAUCAUCAUCGUCAUCAUUCAUAUUAUUAUUGUCUAGUGUACUUUUUUAGGUUUCUUCUAAAGAAUGUCACCAAAAAAGCAUUUUUCUUGCUUUCUUUUCAGGACGCCUUUUCGGCUGCCAUAGCUGAAGACAGGGAAGACUGGAAACUAUGGGAUAUCAACAACAUGGAGUGUAACGGAACAACCCUUUUGCUAGUGCUGGAAAGAUACAUCCACUACUCUGCCUUCUCGUUUUCGUUCAUCGCUCAACUGCCUCUGUGGCGUUCGUCUGUGGCGCAGUGCGACUGGACGGGCCUGUUACACUGUCUUGAGGUCCUAGAAACGAACCUGACUGGAUCAUUUAACAACCCUUCCCAAGCUGACAUGUCAUUGGGUAACAAGGAUGUACCUUUUCUUAAGCUAGAGCCGGAUAUCGAUACUGAAGAGCCUCCAGUUUAUGUCCCUGAGUCACGUGAUCCCGAAGUGAUCCGAGCGCUGUCCGACGAAGAACGAACGCGAGCGCUUAACGACGUUAAAGCGGUCGGCGAGUUCGGCGAACAGUGGGCAGAACUUUUGGACAAAGUGCUCCCCACGAAACCAGUCAUACGGAUGUGGCGCUGGGAUGAAGAGCUGAAAAUGUUCCAUGUUUAUCUGCGUAGGCCCAUUCAGGGUGUUAUAACAGAGUUGGGACCAAGAGGAGUAAAGAUGGCGAGAGGAGCUGCCAUUGCACUACCAAAGCACAUUCAAGGGAGGUUUUUAGGUGCUCGCAUUACUUUUGACAAAGGAUUUGAACCUAAAGGCAAAAAAGGUCCUGUUAGCGUGGCGGUGACAGAUCUUGGGUUGAUGAAAACUGAGGACAAGAUGUACGUAACAGCUCAGGGAAAGAAGCUUCCAUACGACAAAGCUCUAGAUAGCAUGAAAACGGUGACUUGGAAAUAAACUGGGUAUGUGCACUGCAAACGGGAGUCUCUUCAGGAGAUGGGAAAGAGAGAGACCCUGGGACUGAGUAAGGUCAUCAGCCUGCAUAUCAAGCCAUUCCUUUGUGCGGUAUUUUUAGUUCCAGUUGUCCUUAGGGCUGCACAUCCUGACUAAACAGACAAUACAUGAAAAAUACAUUGUUAAAAUAGCUACUGAAAUAAUGUUUUGUACCCAGACAAUUGUCGAAGAACUAUAGAAUUUGGGAUAGAAUUUGACUAAAGAGCUUCGUAUGUUUAAUUGUUCAAAGAGUUAUUUAUACUACGAGUAGUCCCCAUUUUUCCUCAGGGAUAGUAGAGCGAGGAAUGAUUUUCACGCGCUCUCGCGUUUCCCUCGCUCUACUAUCCAUGAGGAAAAAUGGGGACUAUUCGUAGCCUAAGUCUUAGUAGGCUGUCUUGUCCGAUCGUCUAGUAGGGGUCAUAGUCACUUGAUAAACCGAGCGGAAGAAGUGGUCGCAUUGAUUGCGCCACGUAAUAUGAAGCGCCAGUCCUCAACUCAUUAUUAAGAACGCUUCUUUAGGGUGUGCACUAGCCUGUGCCAGGCUCUCAGAUAGUAUAGUGCGGACGUAUUAAAACGAGCAGAGCGAAAAUAAGACGCGCGCGACUUGGGAAAGGGGGCGGUGGCGGCGCGAAAGAUGGGAGAGAGUUUCUCCCCAGCCCCCGCGCGUUUUUCGCAUUUCUUUUUACACCUUAUUACUGAACGACUUUUCACCACUAUCUUGGAGCCUGGGACAGGCUACAUUUGCACCACCUGGGUAAUCAUCAAAUGCAAACCGAUUUCAUUUAAUCAAGAACAUUUAUCAUUGCGUUCAUAAUUUCCACUGAGUGGUUGUACGUAAAUACUCGUAGUUAGAUCUGAUUGUUGCUAUUAGUGAGUUUACGCAACAGGACGGCAGAAAGAAGAGGACGACAAAACGCUUGAGUGUGACAAACUUGCGUGUUUUGUCGGGAAUUCACUUAACAUUAGUGGCUCUGCUACAAAAAAUGUGUUUAAAGGAAAGUUUCAGAGGUUUUGGCGGAUUGUCACACAAGGUUCGCCGUCGUCUUUUCUCUUCCGUGCUGUUGCGUAAGUUCACUAUUGUUUCGUUCUCAGAACGACAUUUAUUUCUCUGAUGAAAGGGAAUUUUUCAGUGUUAUGGUAGAAGAAGACUUCAAUAUACUACUUAAACUAGUUAUAGCUAUCGCCAAGUGCCAACCAGCAAAGAUUUUACCUAUACACGUGCGCUGUUUAAUUUGUUUAGAAAUGUGUGAAAUACAGUAAUUGAUGAAAUAGAUUGAAUUUAAUUCGAAAUGCAUUGAAAAUAGACCAGAGUUAAAGCAAGGGGCACA